GUUCUAGUCAUGUGAUUCAAAAUGGCAGAUGUGAGGAGAUCAAGAGCGGAAAGCCCGCGUAAAGCGUUAUUUUUCAGCCUUUGGCGUCCCUAGCGAUGGAGAAUUUUUUGAUCGCUACGUGAUUUACAGCAUCCGAUCUGUGAAAAAUGGGUGAGAAAUGCCAGUGGUGCUCCUUGAUGUGUGCCUUAUGUCGUAUUGGAUGUUAUCGGGUAUGAGUUUUUUAAAAUUUACCUUCCUUUUUGACGAUAAAGCCCAAAUGGAUUGUACCGCAGAUAAGAACCUUAACACAAGUCAAACUUUUUUUGCCAAACACGACGUGAUCAUGAAGGAUAAGGGAACAGUCCAAUGAUCAUGUAAAGCUUGUUGAAAGUUCUUAACAAAUCCGGUCACAAUCGAAGCAUCUAGAACGUCCCUAUUCAUAAUCAGAAAAGAGAUCAUAACCAUAAUUCCAGGUAAAGCAGACGUGAAUUUAAAGAGUAAGUUUAAGCUAAAACAGGUAAUAUACAUAAAAUUAUUCCUUGUGUAGGUGAAAAAUUUGGUGUCUACAGUGCAGUACCAAGAAGUCACAGCGUCAUAUUGAUAACCAUCUAAAUUUAGUAGAACUAGUUUCUUAAAACUGUUUGGAUGGUAAUAAUGAAGUGGCCAUUUUAAUUUAAUUUGGGGUAUGGUGUUGUUGCACCAGGUCCUCCGAGGGUGAAUUUUGACAAGUGACAUCACAGGUAGCCCAAGCUCAAAAUAUAAGCAUCGGCGAAUAUUAGCAUUGUUGCGUGUAUCAUUCAAAACACAAGGAUUUGUCUGGGAAAAAAACUAUCAUUUCUGUGACCUACAAAAAAAAAGGAUUUCAAUAAAAAAAAGAGCUUACAUUGCAUAAAACAAUGUGUGUUACGUUUCUCCUGUGUGGUUUAUGGGCUGACUUAUGGCUGUUUUAUGGGGGUGUAAAUGGUGCAUAUAUUCUUAAUGGAAAGCUUAACAACGAAAUACUAUUGUAGUGUGGGCAAACACUCUGCUGUAAGGAGCCGGCAGCACCACGACCAACGUAUCCAGUGAUUGCGAUUGGAUUGAGCCAAGCUGGCAAAUCAUUGCUUUGUGCUCUACUGAGUGCUGAAACUGUAACAGAUGAAUUGCAACCCACAGUUGGUAAGUCUUUAUGAUGUCAAUUAAACCAGAAAGUGAAAAUUUAUUUUAUUUUUUUAUUGUUGCUUAUUUAAUUGCUCAUGCCAAAUCCCCUACAAAUGAACUCUUACCCUAAUAAGAUGUAGGCUAUAUUAGGCUUGUCACUGUCGAGAUUUAUUCGCCUCCAAGAACAGUGCUCUCCAACAAAGUCACUAUAAAGUAGAUUUCCACGUUUUAUUCCAAGAUAAACCACGAUCUCUUAGUUUUACAACAACACGUUCGCUUCCACUCAACUCUCCCUCUCAAUUGUCCUUUUUUUUACCCGCAUCCGAUUAGUUACACAAGGACUCAUUUAAGAAAAAACCGCGUAGUCAUUCGUGAUUGGUUCGAUUAAUCACUAGGUUUGUCUCCGGAAAUGUCUGCGGAAAUUACUAAUAGAAAAACAGCUUAAUGAUAUCACGCAAAAUAACAGCGGCCAAUUACUCUCCUUUUUUGUCAGCUAUUGUCAAGAUAACAUAACUCUUAGACAAUGCAAAGCUUACCGACAGUCACCACGAGAUACAUGCUUGUAUAAUGCAGGUACCCAGUAAUAUUCCAGGGCAAAAAAAAGUGAAUUCCAGCUUCCCUUUUGGACAAACAAUUCUUGAAUUGCACUUGUUCAGAUCCAUUGCUUGCUUGUCUCACUGUAAAUCUUCUAUUAAGCCCCCCUCUCAAAUAACCCCCCUCCCUCUAAUAAGCUCCCCCUUUUCAAGGGAAGAAAGUUUAUGAGCCCCCCUUGUAAGCCCCCCUCCCCUCCCCUAAAUAUUCUUCACUAAUAAAUGGUAGACUGUAUUAAUCAAUCACGACUGUAAAACUUCAUUUUGACUGAUCCGGGAAGGUUUAUUUACCAACUAGAAGUUCAGAUUCGUUUCUGAUCCUCGGCUUCAUGACCUCCAACUUCUUGUACUUGAGCAUUUCCACUUUGUAUUCUAGUUUUUUAAUGGAGAACUGAUACCAUCAUCUUUUCUAAAUUAAAUAAGCCCCCCCUGGCUCUAUUAAGCCCUCCCCCUCUCAAAUGGGUUUGAAAAUACAUGUAAAUAAGCCCCCCAGGGGGCUUAAUAGAGAACUUUAAUACAGUAGUUAAUUUUAAGAUGGCUUGCCGGACCCUUGCCUAUCGGGCAAGUAACGUAAAAAGACUUACCAUUCUUACUUAAGACCUGUAGACUGUAGAUAUUUAAAAAAGGUUUUGUGAAGUCCUACAGUUGUACAUACCCUACAUUUUUUCAGGUUUCUCUGUGAAAGCUGUCCAGCUACCCACAGCUAUCCUUAAUGUAAAGGAACUUGGAGGUCAGUCUGAUAUAACUUCAUACAUGUAAACCUUGUUUUUCAUAUACAGUAGUGUAGAGAUUUUCUGUUGGUAUUUCCUUGAUUCUGAAUAAAAGCCAGUCAAUGGUGUUGCUUAGUAGAGUGUAAUUGGGGUAAAAGCAAAGUGCAACAAAAAGAUAUAACAACACUCUUUCAAAUUCCAAGAACUGUAUGUGAAUAGGAAGAAAAAUGAUCAGUGAAAUUAAAUUGUCAAAAGACUGUUAUUCUUACUUUUCUAAUGAAUCUGUUUCUGUAUGGGUUUAGGUGGAGACAAUGUCAGAAAAUACUGGUCUCAUUACUUUGAAGGAGCACUUGGUGUGGUGAGGACAUUUUUUUAUGUUACACUAGAGAUUUUUUUCAGCCGUCAUUUCUUGAACAUUAUCUCUUUAAUGUGGUUUUCUCUAUCUUCUGUGAAAAACCUUUAGAAAGAGCUGGUGUAACUGUUUAGAUCUUGUUUAUUGGCUGACAUUUUUGUCUCUAUGCGGUUCAAAAGCCUAUCAGUUUUCAUUUCACACUUUGCGCUAAAAAAUAAUACUUCUCUGUUUAGGGUAGAUCAACAAUCAUGCUCUCAGUUAAUAUUAUUCAAAUUAUGUUUCACUCUUUACAGUCCAUGUAUUGACAGACAUCUUUCUUGGGAGUUGUAAAAGUGAGAUCACCACAGUGACCUCUUUAAAUAACUUUACAGACACCUCCCUUAUAGGAGAAUCUUUGUUUACAUUUUCUGCCUCAUUAACAUAUGCUCAUCAUUAUCUGAUGAAGCUAAUAAAAUAAAACCCCUGAAUAUUGAAAGGGCAUAACAAUUUCAGUUAUCUCUGAAAAUCUGAGCCUGAUAUACCCAAUCGUUUCGGAGAAAUUCUUUUUUAAAAACUCGAAAUUGUACAAAAAAUAUAUAGAGGUCAUUACACGGUGGCGCGAAGAUAUGAAUUUUAUUUUCGAGUGGCAAAACAAUAUUUUACGAAUGAGCGCAGCGAGUGAGUAAAAUAUUGUUUUGCCAAGAAGAUAAGAAAAGAAAACAAGAAAAUAAAAUUCAUAUCUUCAAGCCGCCGUGUAAUGUUCUUUCUAUUAUAUAGACAAAAAGACAUCGAUAAAAUAAUAGAGGGAAAUGACCGAAAUUACGUCAUCGAUAAACUCACGUGUGAGAUUAUGGAAAAUAAACCACUCGGGUUCCAGAUGUAGUUUUUAUGAAUUUUACGAGUGGUAUAUUUUCCAGUAAAACACUUGUGUCUAUAUAAUAAAGGGCUCAUAAAUUUUUUGCCACCCAGCAAUUUCGCAGUUUUAGAUGGCUGAUAUUUCCUUCAAUAUUGCUUUUAAUAAGCUGAAAAUUGCACAAAUUGUUUAAGUUAAUCAGCUCUUUCAAAGUUUGCAUUAAGUUCAUAUGUGCGGCCACGGCUUCUAUGAGUUAAGUCGUAUGCUAAUGAGGAAAACUGUAAACAAUGACGUCAACAAAGAUUCACCUAUAUAUGGAGUCUUGCACUCUCACUUCACUGUGUUUUCUUAUUAAUGAGGUUAAGCUGUAUGUUAUUAAGAGUAAUUUUUAUUGCAGUUUUUACAGCUUUUUCUUGUCCUAGGUGUAUGUUGUGGACAGUAGUAGUAAUGAUGAUGAUGUGGACUUGGCAGCAGCUGAGCUCAAAGAAGCUCUCUCCCACCCUUCCCUAGAAACCCUUCCACUUUUAGUAUUGGCAAACAAGCAAGAUGUGCAGGGAGCACGUAGUGCAGAUGAGGUCAGUAAUAAGUCUUUUUCAAGUUUAACUUCAAAAUGCAUUAAAAUUUGAAACCCCUCGGAGCAAAAUGCAUUAAAUGCAUUUUGCUCCGAGGGGUUUUCUUCUUAAACCCACUCUCCUCAAAAACCAACACUUCCAAAUUCAAUCGCGCGUUUUCACUCAUGUGGCCAUCAUCUGUACAAAUUUGAUCGAACAAAAGAGAGCGUUUACAUAAACUGAAAAGUUCAACUCUGGAGCACCAAUAUGGCCACUGUUUCGUUGUUUGGAACGCCAAUAUAGCGGCCACGACGUCAUGUGAAAACGCUGUAUUCGAUCUGGAACGUACAGACUCGAUUAAACGAGUUCUUAAGAAGUCCCAAGUGCUCCGUGGGUUAUAAACAAAUGAAAAGAGUUACAAGAAAUGUGAAUAGUUAUUUCUCAAUCCAUAGCUAUCAAGAAUGAUGGGCCUGGAUGUGAUAGCUCGUAACAGGGAGUGGCAUAUACAGCCCUGCUCCAAAAACGACGUGGAGGCAGCUCGACAGGGGCUCGGCAAACUGGUGACGUUCAUGUGUCCCGAGAAACAAGCUGUAGAAGAGAAUCGGAUAUGAACUGUUGUCCAAACAACUACGCGCAGUUGUAUUACAAGUCAUGUUUAACAUGACCAUAUAUGUGCAGUUGCUUAGGAAACUUUUGAUCUGUAGUCUUCUAGAAUGUGUCACAAAUCGGAGUGGCAUAAGGUAAAUACAGUCGAGUUUUAACGCCCGUGAACUUGGGAUAGAUAUCCUCUGCGAAGGUUCUUAAUAACUGACACUAAAGAGCUUUGGCAUCGAUGACGAGAAGGAGUUCUCGUACGAGCUUCAACUGAGUGCGAAAUUUGAAAAUGCACGCGUGCUCAGUGACACUUAUAAUUCUAAAUCGAUGCCAAAUCUCUCUUCUCUUCACUCCAUUAAAACGCAUAAAAGGAAAUUCUUUAUUAAGGCCACAAUUGAAAAAUAACGCUAUAUAAUUUAUUGGACAGACGAUAAAGUACAGUCGUGAGACGACUUCUUUUCACCUCGCUUUUGAUAGUUACUAACGAACAGCAAAACAAACUAACGUCUGUCUAAAACGACAAAUGAUUUUGUCAAUGCAAUAACUGAUGUGAAAGUUUUCAACAGGGGUUCAGAUCUUGCGAUCAAGCUUUCACGAUUAAUAAUUGGCCGGGUAUUCUGAACUUUAGCCGCAAUGAAGUCAACUCAAGGAUGGGCACCUUGAAAACCACGCAUGGCCUAAACCAUCGGCAGUUUGUUCAUAGUAACCCUGGGGAUUCUGAUGACAAAAGUUUUAAAGGGAGUAAAAAGACAUUUCUCUAACAGCGUGCGAACAGUGUUCUUCAAUGAAGCAAGCAUCUUACCGACAGUUCUGUUUUCUAUAGUUUUUUUUUUCCACAUCUUGUGCUGUAUCCAAUUCUAGAGUGUUUGAAAUAGUCCUGUGACCCACCAAAAGGAGC